CUUGCCUUGAUUUGAAACAUAAAGUCAAGUAUAAUACUCUCUUUUAAGAAAAUAGUAUAGGAACGCAGGAAUAUUCACACAUCCAUCGUUUCCUAAGACACGUUCUGAACGCUUGUUCUAUAAGUAACCCUUUUGAUUCCCUAAAAGGUUCGUAUUUUUCUUCUUCCGUUGCAAUCGCAUUGCUUUCUACGCGUCUGUUCCUUGUCUUGCAUUCUUUUGGAAGGAAAAGGACUCGAUUUCAGGAUUGCCAAUCAUCUCUAGGUUCCAAAGAGGUUUAUUGGGGACAUUAGAACGGCCAUCUUAUUACCCAUCCGCAUCUCAACUGUGUAAGAUUGUUUGAAUUUACUUUUCAGCAAAUCAGUGAAGGAUACACAUCACAAGAGAAAGAGCACUUCUCUAAGCUUCUUUUUGCAUGUUUCACGCGUAAUUCAGAGGGCUGAACAAGGACUGGCUAGUAUAGUCUCCUUUUUCGUUAUUAUUGUAUCAUAUUUAUGUUUUAUUUAGAGAAAACAGCUUUUUACGAGAUUCUUAAUUUUCGCUUCGAUCUCCCUUAUUUCGGUACACCAGUAUUCGAGUCACUGGUAUAUCUCUUUCCAUUGUUUAUAUAAUUGUCCUUCUUUUACGUUUCCUUAAAGUCAUUUUUCUUUUUCAUUUUUGGUUUUUAAUUUUUAAAAGCAUUGGUUUCGUCUCAUCUUCGCAUCAUCUUCCACCAACUUCACUCUUUUAUACAAUUGCUGAUCUCUAUUAUCUUUUUCCUGUCAUUCUUUCUUUGCUUCUUAGUUUCUUAUACUCUUCUAUCUAUAAAGUCCUUUAUUUGUUGUUUCCUCUGAUGACUUCCAACGGCUCCUUCCCGUUUUGCCCUACCAGAACACAGACAACUUCUCAACCUCUCAAUCAAAGUUCACAAAAUUAUGGCAUCUUUCCGUAUCAUGCAGAGUCUCUUCCACCUCACCUGAUGAAUCCUAAUCCAAAUUCUUCUCAAUAUCCUAUGGAACCUUUACUUCCGGGCCAUCCAUUACAACCCGCAGAAUGGUCAGCGCCUUCACAAUUACCAAAUUAUAGCGGUUUUCCUUCUCCAAAGACAGUACCGAGCUCUUCCACGGUUUCUAUUAGCUCUCCUCCUCUUGGACAUAAACGCGUGUAUGCUCCUCCUUCAAUGGAACAAGGCCAACUUCCUUUAGAAAAAAGGCAAGUUACAGAACCCAUAAAUAACACUCUACCGUUAGUAUCCACUUCUACUAACCCUCCAAUCUCUGAACCUAAAUGUACUACUACGUAUACUUCUCCAUUUACUCCUCGUAGAAGUCGUUCUACAAAUCAUGCACUCCCUUCAACUGGACCGCCAGAACAAUAUUCUGUCGCUCAAAACGCUGUGCCGGGUUUGAAUACAUUUACAAAUUCACCUCUAUUAUCUGAAAGCUACCACAACUCGCGUCCUGGGCCAUUUCAUGCUUCACUGCCCCAACAUAACAGUGUCCCGCAUCCUUCUGCAUCUGCAAACUUUAGCCUGGAAGAAUCAGAUGUUACUUUUUCACCCCAAACUUCCAUGAAUAUGGAUCUAGGGGAUUUUUCUUCAGCUUCUCGAAUGGUCAAUACCCCGGAAACGGGUGGAAAGCGAGAUUAUGUGGAUAUUUACUCUUCACCAUCUGUUUUCAGUGUUGAUCAGCAUUUUGCGGAUGACGCCCCCAGAUCGAACUUAUAUAUGUCGUCUUGUCUUAGUACUUCUACUUCACAAAGUGAACAGCCAUCAGUCCUAAAUGUGUCUCCUUCGCACAUGUAUGCAGGUGAUGAAUACAAGGCUUCUUCACUAUCGGAUGCAUUUGACUCAAACAAUAUAUACAAUGAUAGAGACAAUUUUCCCUCGACCUCCACUUUGGGAAAAGUAAAAGAAGAAGAUUACAUUAAUGAUUUUGAUACCGCGAACUUCAACAAAGGUGAUUCUUCUUCUGGUUCCGAUGGACCUAAUCCAGAGAAAAACCAGGAACUUGGGAAUACUCGCCCUUCACCUCUCAAGUUUAGUGUGGAACGAAUCAAAAAUGAACAUGUAUCACCUGUUCAAUCUCGUUAUAGAGUUGUCGGUCAAACCAAUAAAAAGAAUUCUCAUAAUAUAGUAGAGAAAAAAUACAGGUCUAAUCUUAAUGACAAAAUUACAGAAUUACGAAAUGCAAUCCCGUCUCUGCAAAGCUUAUGCUCUAAAAUUGGGUCAAAAUCUGACGACGGUAAGAACGGUGGCUUUAAUGCGUCCAUCAGAAAGCUUAACAAAGCUACCGUCCUCUCCAAAGCUACUGAGUAUAUUCGGAACCUGCGUUCUGAAAAUGAAAGAUUAAUUGAGGAAAACCAAAACCUUCAAAGCCGGUUGUCUGAAUAUAUGGUAGCUGUUCAGCAAUCGCUUUCUGCUCCUUCUCAACCACUUCCUUUACAUAAUUCAACCAAUUAUUCUUCUCAACCUGGUGCAGUGAAUGCUAUUAGUACCGAUGGACAACCGAUUUCAGUUUCAAAUAAUCAAUCCUUACCUCAGUAUGCGUAUGUGCCAGUAGGUCAUCAGUCCAAAGUCCCCAGUAACGUUACCUUGGCUGGUAACUCUCCACAUCGAGAUACUCUUGAAUCGUAUGAUAACAAUGUAUAUGGUUUUCAGCGUGAUAAUCCGAAUACUGGAACCGAGAAUUGCAUUUCACCGCGUAACCUUAGGAGGAAUACAAUGGCGCAUACACAAAGUACUAAUGAGUCUAAUAAUAAUGGUACUUUUCGUUCGGUUGGUAGAAAUAUGUUGGGCAGCUUAGCUGGCUUAGAAACAAUGCAUUUAAUGAUAAAUCCGGAAAACACAGGCAAUCCAAACUCUUUCUCUUUAUUUACGAUACCCAUUUCUCCCUCAAUGUUUAUGACUUUAAGGAUUUUCCUAAUCACGUCGGCAUGUAUAUGUUUCGUUUUGCAUUACGCAUAUACUUCCAAAGUAAAUUCUCGUAAACGGUUAACUGCUGCCUACAGGCAUGUAAGAAUGGAAAUCUUAUUUUUUAGCUUUCUGUUUGUCUCUUCAUCUGUUCGUGACUGGUGCAGGUAUUAUAAACUACGAAAAGAGAUGUUUGAAAGUCUGGAUCUGGAGUCUGGGGUUCUUCAAAAAUCACACAUCAGUGACUUCAAGGUUUGAAUACUUAACUAUUUAAAAGUCUGAACUUUUACUUUGCUUUGAUUUAUUUAUUGCGCAGCUUUAAAAAUAUGGUUAAAACCAAUGAUUACUCUAGAAUGAACCGAGCAUCGUUGAAUAAGGCUUUUGAUGGUCAUUGCGUUGUAUAUACUAUUCUCUUUCUCUGAAUGUUCUCUAUUUAUGCUUAAGUGUCAUUUGUACGGAUUUCUCGACGUAUCUUUAGUGUUAGCUUGCUAGCAUCAGUUUGUAAACGGUCUAUUAUUUCUCAGUGUAUAUAUAUUCAUUGUGUUCAUUGCGAUGAUUAGAAGCUUAGAUGUUUCUACGCUUGUCAAGUUUUAAGUUUUUUUUUUUUUUUUUUUUUUUUCUUUAUAUACAAUUUUCUACCUUUCAAUACAAUAGAUUUUAUAUUGAGCACUUCGGAAGGAAGGAUUGGAUAUUUCAAUUUCUAGAGGAGAGGUUUCAUAUAACCAAGCAGCAUAAUGAGUCUAUCGUUUAUUAUCUAAAGCAUUUAUUCAGAAAGAAUGAAUAGAAAUAUAGCGGUAAAAGAUUAUCGUCUAGUGGUGCGACAUAGAGUCAAUCACUACCAUUUUCAAACGCAACUAGGAUUGUGUUUCUUACAUGCUUUGGUAUAUACUAAUAUAUGCUACUAAAAAUUCAUGAAACCAGACAAAUUUUAUUUUAGUAUGUUUCGCCAAGGAGGAAAAACCACACUGAGUGUAUGGAUAUUGUUCCAAUAAGAACUCUAUGCCUCAACGUCUUGAAAUUCACGAACCACAUGAUCUGCUCGUUGCAGCUUCUCGUUAAUAAAAAUCCAACGCUUCAAAGUGUUUUCAAUGAGGCCAUCAGCCCGUGGUAGCAAAUUCUUGCCAACCACUUUUGGAGCAAACAGGUAAGGAAUUAACAUAGGGUGAGGUAGGCUUGUCAAUAUCACCAAGUACAAAAAUUUAAGAUUGGAAUUGUAGGGGUAUGGUUGAACUGGAGACAAAAGGAUCUGGUGCACAUGAUUAAAGUCAAAACUGGUUUUCAACUCAAUUCUGUUCAUUACAGUAUCCGUAUUCUCAUCCAAAAUGACACUGUAAUUUUUGGC